CUAUCUGAAGUUGUCAAACCUACUGCCGACACCAAUUUCUCUGAAGAAGCUAGAGCUGAAAUGGACGGAUUAGAGCAGUGUUUUUAUAAAGAGGUACAAGUGUCCUCAAGAAAUAAGAAAAAACAAGCUAAAAAGGAGGAAGCUCUUCGCCGAAUGCAAGAGGCCAUGGAGAGAGAUCGUGAAAACGCUGCAACUUCACUGCGAGUGACAGAGAUGACUGCAAUUCAGAAGAUUUUGGAUGAACGUGGACUCAGUUUAGUCGAUAUUGCCCCAGAUGGAGAUUGUCUCUACAAUGCUAUAGCUUAUCAGCUAUCACGUGUGAAAGGUUAUGAACAGGUCACUGGUAAGGAUAUGCGACGCCGAGCUGCAAAAUACAUGCGAGAAAACAAGAGUGACUUUGUGCCAUUUUUAACUAAUGAAAGUGAUGAACCGCUGGACGAGUUCGAGUUUGAAAAAUACUGCUGUGGAGUAGAAAAUGAGAGCAAAGAUGGCGGCGUGUGGGGAGGGGAACCAGAACUAAAUGCGCUUAGUUGUAGUCUAGAAAGGAGUAUAGAGGUAUUUUUCAUAGGCAAUAAUCGACUACAUGAAGUUAGCGUUUUCAUUCAGCUUAUUCAACCAGCUGGGCCUCCAGUGAUCUUUGGUGAAGAUUAUAAAAAUACGAAACCUUUAAUAAUCGUCUAUCAUCGACAUGCUUAUCAAUUAGGAGCACAUUACAAUUCAACUAGUGUUAAGACGAUAUCUUAG